CGCAUUUCCUGACUUCAUUUGAAACUAAACUUAACAAUGUGUAAAAUACUUUACGCAUUGUUAUUGGAAAACCACUGAUCACACUAAAAUUUUUUACUUAGAUCAAAAUAUAGUCCACAAUGAAAAUUUUAUUUUUAUUAUGCAUUACUAGUAUUGCUUUUGGAGAUUCAAAUAACACUAUACAGCAGGCAAGAAAGCCAGAUCUAUGCAAUUUACCAGUGGACAGUGGAAUUUGCCGUGCUUUGCACUAUAGGUUUGCCUUUAACCAAACCAGUGGUCAUUGUGAAGAAUUUGUUUAUGGGGGAUGCGGUGGAAAUGCAAAUAAUUUCUUUAUACAAGAAAUAUGUGAGGUUACUUGUGGAGAUUCUCAAACAACAAUUCCUAAGUCUUGCUCAGGUGCGGGUGAAACUGGAUCGUGUAAAGCAUAUUCAGUAGCUUGGUUCUACGAUUCUGAUACAGAAACAUGCAAGAGAUUUAUUUACGGAGGAUGUGGUGGAAAUGGAAACAUAUAUGAAACUGAAAUUGAAUGCUUACAGGAAUGCAAAGAAAACCUCAAUUAUUCGAAAGAAUGUCCUGAAAACUCUAAAUUUGUACUUUGUGGAACUGCUUGCCCUCUAACGUGUGACAAUUUUCGAAAUCCACCUACGGAAUGCAACCGAAUAUGUUAUUCUGGUUGCGAGUGUGAUGAAGGAUACGUCAGGGCAGAAAAUGGCAGCUGUAUACUACCUGAAAACUGUCCUUUUUCUUUUCUACCAAAUGGGCCACGAGAAAACUGCCCUGCAAACUCUCAUUUUAAUCCGUGUGGAACAGACUGCCCUUUGACCUGCGAAAAUUACCGUAAUCCACCAGACAUUUGCAAUCUUAUGUGCCGUAUCGGAUGUGAAUGUGAUAAUGGCUACGUUUCAACCAGCGAUGGAAGCUGUAUUUUACCUGAGAACUGUGCACUGCAAAAUUGUCCAGCAAAUUCAGUUUUCAGUUCCUGCGGUAGCUCUUGUCCACUAACAUGUGAGAAUUACUCAAGACCUCCAGAAUCCUGCACCACAAUGUGCAAGAUCGGAUGUGAAUGCCUCUCUGGUUAUGUUUUAACUGAAGAUGGUAGAUGCGUUUUGCCUGUGGAUUGCCCGGUAAAAACUUGUCCUCCACAUUCUCAAUUCAAUUCAUGUGGGACAUUCUGCCCUGUGACGUGUGAAAAUUUUCGAACUCCACCAGAAUUUUGUAUUCAAGUUUGCAAAACCGGUUGUGAAUGUGAAAGCGGUUAUGUUUUAGAAGAGGAUGGAAACUGCGUUUUACCAGAAAAUUGUGCAAAUGACAAUACAACGGAUUUUUGUCGGCAGCCGCGAAAAGUUGGGCCGUGUAGAGCACUGGUACCCAGGUUUUACUACAAUCAACGAACUAAGAGAUGUCAGCAGUUUUAUUACGGUGGUUGCCAAGGAAACGAUAAUAAUUUUAAAUCAUUAGAAGACUGUGAUUCUACUUGUAUCGAAGCUCCACAACUACCAUUCGCUUGUCAGCAGGAUAGAGAAAUCGGCACAUGUGAUCAAAGUUUUCCAAGAUUCUUCUAUAACAGGACAAGUGCACAAUGUCAGGACUUUAUUUAUAGAGGAUGUGAAGGAAACGAUAACAACUUUCAAAGCUUAGAAGACUGUGAAGCUGUUUGCCAAAUUGCACAAGGUAAAAUUUCCAAUGUGGAAUCAAACAUGAUCUGAAAAUGAUGAAAUGAAGUCUUCUGAUCGAACAAUUUCAAAUUACGAUCAACAAAAACAAACAUUUUUUUAUUUUUUUAAAUUUUGUUAUUGAGUUUGAAAUAUUACUUUUAUUUUGUAUUUUGAAUAAAAUUAUUAUUAGAAAAAAUGAUCUAAACAUCUGUUCCUGGUAGUUCUCUAAAGAUAAGUUAUUUUCCUUGA